ACAUGGUAUUUCAAGCACUCAUAAGGAAAAUGAUAGUGUAAGCUAUUCCAAAUUAAUAGGUGCUACAAACUAAAAAUAGCUAAAGGAAUCCAAAAUGAGUGAAAUGUGUGCAUGUACACCAAGUGUAGGUUCUUUAUAUUAACAAACCUCUGGUCUGGUAAAUUCCUUUGCAGUACCACAUGUGACAACAAAUUGAUUUUGGAGCAGAACGCUGCUGCCUCACAGUCAUGAGUUCUCAGACCAGCCUGGGCAGGAGCAUGCUGUUCCAAACCAUAAAUGAUGACCUGAACGCAUCGCUGGCUACAGCAGACGAGUUAUCCCGAGAGUUUAACUCCCUGCUGAAGGAAGUAUCUCCCAGUAACAACAGUACAACAUCUGCAUCUCAGACUAGGACUGCAUUCACUAAGGAGAAGCCUCAGUUCCCUGAGCUGUCCAACACCUCCAUCACUACACGGGAGUCGAGUGGCAGCAGUAAUGUCAGUUUCAGUUCCACGCCUUUCUCCUCGAGCUCAACAUCUUUGCGUCCCAUGGACUCUGGACUUUCCACUAGUAUAAUUUCACCAGCCUCCCCUGUCUUCUCCACAAACCCGCUCUCAUCCCCCAAGAUCAAUGUGGAGCCACUCUCUCCACUUGCUCGAGCUGGAUCCGACAGCUACUCGUACAACCAGCGGAGUCCCAGACACUCACCACAAACAGCAAGGCGUAAUCCCCUCUCUGGUUAUGACAGGAGCCCGCGAGGUUCAGCCAGUUACAUGGAUAGGAGCCCUUCUAUGAUCCCCCCACCUGUUUCUUUUGACCAUGCUUCUCGGUCUGCUUACUCCUCCAACCUGCUGAGCCCAUAUGACAGCAUCCAGGCGGGCCGCCGGUCACCUCGGCCGGACAGAAGCCCUUCUCCUUUGCCUUCCAAUUAUCCAGUGUCCAACACACUCCCACGAAAUUUUGGUUUCAGACAACCUGAAGAGGGUGUGCAGCGGCAAAAGAGUCCUGGCAAGUGGAAUGAGACAGAUCUGGACAUGUCCUAUGAAAGGAAACCUCACCACACCUAUGACAGUUGGUCUUUUUCUUUUAUUUUGGAAUUAGUCUUGGACAAACGAUUUAGACUGUCAGUUCUUUGCCUGUGCUUUGUGUGGUCUUGUUAUUUUAACACAAUUUUACCGGAGUGCCGGCGCCAGCCAAACAGUGGCUGGAGAGAAUCCAACCUCGAUGGCCCGCCUCCAGCCCCAAGUCACAGAAAGGAUCUUCGCUCACAACCUCUCCAGUUUUCCCAUAGUUCUCUUCCUCGCAACACACGUAUAACGAUACCGCCAGAUGUUUCAUCCUCAGACCACUCCCCUUACUACCCUCAGCCCAUCAUCUCUCGCAUUUCUAUUCCCCCAACUUCUUCUCAGUCCCAUCAGCGCAGACCCAUCCCUCUCUCUGUCAUCAUGCGUCUCCAAAACCCCCAGUGGGGAGCAAAUUCAACCCUCCCACCUAGAGUCCUGGGAGGAGAAGGGGACAUGGCAUCUUACCAACCGGCUGUACCCAUCCCAAGGGAAUUCUUCCGCCAACCUGUGCUUCAGCCACAACAAAACCCACCUGAGCAGAGACAGCCAACUAUAUACAGUGACGUGCUGAACCCAGGGGAUAUAGAUGCAGAGUUAGAGCGGCUGGACUAUGAUCCUCACAUGCCUGUGAUUUUGGAGAAUCCCAGUAUGCCAGAGGGUGGUAAGGAGAUCGAGCAGGAUAUGUCGCCUGCUUCUCGGCCCCUGAGCCCUACCAGGCUGCAGCCAGUCGUUGCCCUUGAGGCCCAGACUGAGCAGAUCCCUGACCUGGAGGAGGUGCUCCGCAUCCGGGCAGAAAUCCCCAGGGCCCUGAAGAGACGGGGUUCUGUGGACCAGUCACAGCCCCUGAAGAAGGCCUCACACUACCAGCCAAACCAGUACAAAAUCAUCAUUGGCAAGCUCUUUCACAGGAAGAACAACCCCCAGAGGGUGGAGCAAGGUAGCGAGACUAGCAGCUCCUCAGAUGGAGAGGACUGUGCUACACCUCCUACCCCUUUACCUGCAUCUCAGACAUCUUCACUGAUUCCUCUUGACUUCAGAGGCUACCAUUCCAUUCUGCGGCGGUCCAAACAGGAGCGCAAACGUUCCAAGGCUCACGCUCGACUCAGCCCGCAUGUCCUGCUGCUGGACGGAGCAUUGGUCGGAGAACUGGAGACCGUGCAAAGAGCUCUGCAGGAGAUGAGUGACCCUAGUCAACCGAAUGACGAAGGCAUCACUGCACUUCACAACGCAAUCUGUGGAGGCCAUUAUAAUGUGGUGGACUUCCUUGUUCGCGCUGGAGCUAACGUCAGCGCACCAGACAGCCACGGCUGGACUCCACUGCAUUGUGCAGCCUCUUGUAACGACCGUCCUCUGUGUGAGUUCCUGGUGAGGAACGGAGCUGCUGUCAUGGCUGUCACGGAGAGUGAUGGUGCUACCGCCCAAAAGAAGUGUGAUCCUUUUGCUGAUGGGUUUGAGGAGUGUGAUAGCUUCUUGAGGGGAGUGGAGGAGGCCAUGGGGGUGGAGAACAGCGGGGUGCUGUAUGCCCUGUGGAGCUACCCAGCACAGGCAGCAGAUGAGCUGGGCUUCAAGGAGGGAGACAUGGUCACUAUCCUGCAGAAACCCGAGGGGUCGGACUGGUGGUGGGCCUCGCUCUGUGGCAAAGAGGGAUUUGUUCCAAAGAACUACUUUGGGCUUUUCCCGAAGGUUCGACCAAAAUCUCUCUGCUAAGCGGUCUCUUGAUGUUUAACCCUGGUCAAACUCGUGCACUGUCUCAAAAACUCAGUUACAGCUUCACACUGCUUUUUGAAAGGACUGAGUAUGUCUGUCUUGGUGCAGGGAAUGAGAGAUGGUGUUGAUCUGUCAGUCAAGGAGAGUUGAAGGCUCAGUAUUCAUUACUGACAAGGAUCAUUUUUUAUAGAAGAUAUCAUGUCUACUUCCUCUAUUGUAGGAUAUUUUGUCUAGCAAAGCUGCAGCUCUGUACUGUGCUAAACUCUCUGUCAGUCUACGCUUGUUGGUCCAAAGGUUACUAAGGGACCAUAUGUUGUACCAUUUUAUUAGUACUGUUCCAGUCUGAAGUUGUCUGGUUACUCAUCAAACAUUCGCUGUUGGUGUAGCUCAGUGUAGCUGUGUUCUGUCCACAAACAUGACCCAAGAUUUUACGCUGCUUAUGUAAACGAAUCUUCUUUAAAAGAGGAUAUAAUGUGUUUUCUGUCACAAUGAAACUGGUUGUUGUAUGGUUGUGUAUUUUAGAGUGGUAGAACAAGUAUUCGGUCAUGCAUCACUUUUCAGAUUAACACUUUUGUUGCUGGGGCUUGCUGUACUGUAUUACACCUGUAAUCCCUUCCCAGGGGCACACAGUGAGCAAAUAAAUGAAUAAUAAAUGAAUCACAUUUUCUUGG